AUGGCACCAUCGCGAGGAACACACAAUGUCGAGAUGCACGACGCUAACGACGAAGCCGCAGUGCAGCAGCAGUCCAAGUCUGCCCUGGUCAAUGCAAGACGCAACUUGAACUAUCUCCUUGCUCCCGGAAAUGCAAGCGUCGACAAGCCCGCCCGCUUCCGCACAAGGGCCCUACUUCGCACAUGUCGAUAUCUGGGACAGUUUAUCAUCUGGCGACUGGUGCGUUGGGCCAAGUAUGCCGCAGUUGGGUGUCUCGUCGCCGCAAUUGGAGCUACUGCCUUUGGAGGCGUCAUCGCUGGGGUUGGCUGGUUGGCGGCUCCUCCGACCUUCGGUGCCAGUAUCAUCGCAGCAAGUGUCUGGGGCGUGGGCAAGUUCGCAGCACGAAAGUUACACAAGCGAUGGAAGAACGAAGGCGGGGACGUUGGUGCUGAGAUGAGAGAGCGUAUCGAGGACGAGGGCCCUGUCCGGAGAGAAGGCUCUUACGGCACCGAGAUGGGCCCUAGAGCGGUUCCAUGGUGA